GCCGGGUUCCGGGGGAAGUGGAAUUAUUUUUUACCAGCGAAAGAAGAGAUCAACUUCCACAUCCGGUAACAAGGGCCCCCUCUAUACAAAAAAGGCGCAGACUGACCUGGAAAAGCUUGGCCGGCCCGGCCAUCGGAGGCAAGUUAUUACUUGAAACAAAUCUGAAACAAUUUGAAGAUUAAAAGGUGUUCAUCUCUUUACAUAAGAGGAUCCUGUAUUUACUAAUGGAUCAUUUUGGAUAAAUUCCAAAGGCCAUCCAAUUAGUAGACAGAACAAUGGCUAAUUGACCAUGAAGAUACUCAAAAAACGACGAUUGAAUUUCAAGCAUCCCUUUGAGGAGACACCGUAAUAUAUUAACAUGCCUACCUUGGCUUCUGCACCUAAAGAACUCUAUCUCUGCACUUCGUUGAAAGAUCUGAAUAAAAAGACAGAAGUAAAACCGGAGAAAACCAGCACUAAGAAUUAUGUCCAGAGUGCUGUUAAGAUCUUCAAGGCAGCGGAAGAAUGCCGGUUGGAUAGAGAUGAAGAGAAGGCCUAUGUACUUUACAUGAAAUAUGUAACUGUAUAUAAUCUUAUUAAAAAGAGGCCCGACUUCAGACAGCAGCAAGAUUACUUUCAUUCAUUACUUGGACUAACCAAUAUCAAAAAGGCUAUUGAAGAAGCCGAACAACUUUCAGAGAGUCUUAAGCUCAGAUAUGAAGAAGCAGAAGUGCGGAAAAAACUGGAGGAGAAAGAAAGGCAAGAGGAACAGCAGCAGAAAAAACAAGAAUUAAAAGACGAUGCUAAAACCUCUUCAGAAAUAUCAACGGAUCCCAACGGGAAAAAUCAGCUGGUCAACGGAGACAAGAAAAAUGUGGCAGACAAGAAAGAUUCUUCUGAAAAAGGAACAGUCACCGCUGAGAAGCUGUUUACAAUGAUGAUGGAUAAAAGCAUGAAGGUUAUGAUCAUGGAUGCCCGCUGCUUAAAAGAUUACCAGGAAUCCUGUAUAAUAAAUUCUGUUUGUGUUCCAGAAGAAGCCAUCAGUCCUGGAGUCACCGCUAACAGGAUUGAAGCUAAACUGCCAGAUCCUUCGAAAGAACCAUGGAAAGAGAGAGUCCACGUUGAUUAUGUUGUCUUGCUGGAUUGGUUCAGUUCCGCAAAGGACCUGCAAUUAGGCACAACUUUGCGGAGCCUCAAAGACGCACUUUUCAAGUGGGAAAGUAAAGCUGUGCUACGGAAUGAGCCUUUGGUCUUAGAAGGAGGUUAUGAGAACUGGCUGCUUUGUUAUCCUCAGUAUACAACCAAUGCCAAAGUGGCUCUGCCCCAACGUAGCCAGAAUGAGAACAUCUCCGUCUCUCUGGAUUUUACUUACCCAUCACUGGAAGAACCAGCUCCAACUCCCCCACCUAUUGUCUAUGUCAAACCCUCCGUGGUAGAAGCACCUGAAAAAUUGGACAUUACAAGCGAGCAGGAGAAGAAAACGGAUGUACUCCGAUCGCUAGUUCCUAGUGGAACCAUUGCUGCUGCUCCGACUGGCAUUCUCACCCAGCCAAUCUCGGCUAUGAAGGUUAUUCCUCAGGUUGAUCGUAGCAAAAAACCCUCGGCCAAAAUUCCAGGCGACCAAAAGGCGAAGGCCGAAAGCCUAGCGAUGGUUAAGCCGCUAAAUUCCAACGGGAAGCUGGUUCCGGAUCGUUCCACAAAGCCAUCGCUGGAUACGAAGCCCGGCCUAACGGACGAAGAGAGGAGCCCCGGGCACGCGAGGAAGGCGACUGCGGUAGAAAAAAACGAAGGAGAAAACGAAGAACCAGAAGAGCAGAGAGAGGUCCAGAGACGGGAAAGGGCAGAAAAGAGAGCCAGGGAGGACCAGGGAGACUGGGAAGGCAGAGAAAAAAAUCUCCAGAGGUAUCAAGAAGAUCAAGAGAAGAAAGAGAAAGACCAGCCGGCCAAGGGGGUCGAUCGGAAACAAGACAUGGAGAAAGUCCCGCGAGAUUCAGCCAACGCGAAAAAGAAAAGUGUCUCUGGGAGCGAAAGCCCCGAAAUGAGGAAAGGCGACCUUGACAAAAAUACGGCCGGUGAAAAGGAGAAAAUGGUCUGGACCCCCGAAACACAGAGGCGCAGAUUUGCAGAGGAAUCCCAAGGGCCUUUGAGGGGGGAUUCUGGCUUGAACAAGUCCCAACGAGAGCCGUUAACCAGAGCCCGGAGUGAGGAGAUGGGCAGGAUCAUCCCAGGAUUGCCUCAUGGCUGGGCCAAGUUUCUGGAUACAGUCACCGGGACUUUUCGGUACUACCAUUCGCCCACCAAUUCAGUCCACAUGUACCCACCGGAAAUGACUCCCUCGGUUACUCCGCCCACUACUCCGCCGACUCAUAAGCCAAAGCCUCCGUCUACCGAUCUGCGGGACAAGGAACACUCCAAACUGAAGCGGUCGUACUCUUCCCCAGACAUCACUCAGGCUGUGCAAGAGGAAGAGAAGAAGAUGGUCCCCACUCCGACUGUUAAUCGGGAGAAUAAACCUGUGUGCUAUCCAAAGACAGAAAUUUCCAGGCUUUCAGCCACACAGAUCCGCCAUCUGAAUCCUGUGUUUGGCGGGUUGGGACCGGCUCUGACCGGCCUUCGUAAUUUGGGAAAUACUUGCUAUAUGAAUUCAGUGCUCCAGUGUUUGUGCAAUACCCCGCACCUGGCUGAUUACUUCAACAGGAACUGCUAUCACGAAGAUAUCAACCGGUCUAACUUUUUGGGGUACAAAGGAGAAGUAGCUGAGGAGUUUGGCAUCAUAAUGAAAGCUCUCUGGACCGGGCAGUACAGAUACAUCAGCCCCAAAGACUUCAAAAUCACCAUUGGGAAGAUCAACGAGCAGUUUGCUGGGUACAGCCAGCAAGAUUCUCAAGAGCUACUCUUGUUUUUAAUGGACGGCCUUCACGAAGACUUAAAUAAAGCGGACAAUCGAAAACGCUACAAAGAGGAAAACAAUGACUAUCUGGAUGACUUCAGAGCAUCUGAUCUUGCCUGGCACAAGCACAAACAGCUGAAUGAAUCGAUUAUCGUGGCCCUCUUUCAAGGCCAGUUCAAGUCCACAGUGCAGUGCCUGACGUGCCACAAAAAAUCACGGACUUUUGAGGCUUUCAUGUAUUUAUCGUUGCCGCUAGCCUCCACUAGCAAGUGCAGCCUGCAGGAAUGCCUUAGAUUAUUUUCCAAAGAAGAAAAACUGACGGAUAACAAUCGGUUUUAUUGUAGCCAUUGUAAAACUCGAAGAGAUUCCUUGAAAAAAAUAGAAAUAUGGAAAUUGCCACCUGUCCUCUUAGUACAUUUGAAAAGGUUUUCGUACGAUGGGCGGUGGAAACAGAAGCUUCAAACAUCUGUUGAUUUCCCUUUGGAGAACCUUGAUCUGUCACAAUACGUCAUCGGCCCCAAGAGUACUUUGAAGAGAUAUAACCUGUUUUCAGUAUCUAACCAUUAUGGAGGGCUGGAUGGUGGACACUACACAGCUUAUUGCAAGAGUGCUGCCAAGCAGCGGUGGUAUAAAUUUGAUGAUCACGAGGUGUCCGACAUCUCUGCAUCCUCAGUGAAGUCUUCGGCUGCUUAUAUUCUCUUUUAUACGUCUUACGAACAACGGGCUGCAGAUGUAGCCACUUAAAGGAAGGACCGAAGGAUGCACUAGCUGGUUUAUAAAUUACCGAGCUGAGACCAAUGUAAAGUUGCCUAAAAGAGGGCUGCAGCAGUUCCUUAUCCAAAAAUGUAUUUUAGUGCUAUUGCUGAAAAAUUAAAUUAUUAACUCUG